AUGGCCGUCCGAAUCUACCACCGCCGCCGCCGGUACCACUGGCCGGAACUCCAACUCAACAUCUGGAUCCUAGUCGCCCUCUCCUCCUCCGCCAUCUGUCUCGGUAUCUUCGCCUGGUUCAUGACCGUCCAGAAUGAUCUCCAACUCGAAGUCCCCUGGCUCUUCCCCUACAUGAUAACCACCAGCGCCCUCGGGAUCUUCUUCGUAAUCCUGAUCCUGGUCCUCGCCGCACAACGCUUCCUCCUCCCCGGCAUCAUCAUCGUCGGCGGAUUCAUUCUCUUCGUGCUAUGGUUAACGGGCCUCGUGGAGACUUCGUUGCAGCUGUAUGGUGUGUUGGCGAACGUUAAUGAUAAUUGUCGCAUUUAUGUGGAUGGGGCGGGGCGGGAGGUGGGCGAUGGGUGGAGGACCUUGGCGUGGAUUACGGAGGAGAAUAUUUGUAACUGUUGGAGAACGGCCUUUGCGUUUGAAUUGGUGAAUACCAUUUUCUAUGUUUGGAUGAUUAUUAUGUCGUGGCAGGUGAAUCGGGAUUUGUAUAGGUGA